AUGAAAUAUGAUUUGUGUGACGAUGAUACGAGUUGGGUCGGUUUUGGAGUACCAGAUUGGGAAUCCACUCAUCGAUACAAUGGUAGCACACGAGAGUUUUAUGGAUUAUGGGCUUAUUGUCAGAAUCAGUUACCAUUGUAUAAUACCGUGUGUCAGAAAUGGCCAUCUGCUGAAAAAAUAUUAUUUAAUGGUAGUCGUCCUCAAUUUGUUCGAUCAGCGGAUGGUUUAGUAACAACUGGAAUGAUAUUGUUAACAUUUGGAUUAAUUGCUGCAGUUAUCUCAGCAUUGCUACCAUUACUGAUUUUCGCUGGAGCUAUUUUAGCCUUUUUAAGUUUUCUCUUUCUUGUUAUAGGACUUCCAAUAUUCGCAAGGUCGGCGAAUAAUUUAUCAAAAAAUCGUGGUGAUGCCCAAUGGAAUCAUCUAUAUGGCUUAUGGUUAAUUGUGCCCACGAUCAUAUUAGAAUUUUUAGCAGGUAUUUUGUGGGCAUUAACCGGUUUUGUCUACCGAAAGUCUGGCUAUGGAAACAUCGGUACAAGAGCGAUUGCCAGACCAAGAGUUAUACAAAAACCAGCUCAAAAUGGGACAAAUAAUCUGGCAAUGUAUAGAGGAGCUGGAGCACCGUUCUUAACAGGUGGCUACGGCCGACCAUUAUAUGUAGCGGGCGGGCCCUUUCUAAACAAUGGUAGUUAUCAGUUACCCUAUGCUCCUUUACAAAAUACUUCGGUUAGCCAAGGUUCCUUGCUACCACAACCAUCAAUUGCUCGAGCUAAUUACAGGCCAGCGAUACAAACAACCACUCCUGCUUAUAUCAGACCUUACGUCAGACCUUACGUCAAUUUAUCAGGUCGUCCUGUGGUAACACCGGCACGCUCAAAUUAUGCCGUACCUGGGAGCAUUCCAUAA